UAAGGUAUUUCCGGUUGUAUUAGCAGUUGCAAUUCCUAUUAUCCGUAAAUAGCCAAUCUGUUGUUCUGGAUAAAAUGCAUGACAACAAUUCUUUCAGCGAUGAAAAUCGUCUAACAGAGGAAUCGCAAGAACGAAAGAUUUCCUUCUCAAGAAGAAAAGUCAUACUCGUCAUUGUUGCUAUAAGUGUAAUUCUCACAACUGCAGUUGUUAUAAUUUGUGUCGAAACAAAAAGCGAUGAUGAAAUCGGACAAGACCAAAAUUACCCGCAAUACAACAUCAUGAAAGACAACAAGGACAUACAAUUCAUGGUAAAUGAAGCUAAAAAGAACAGAUUUCAACGAAUAUGGACGAUUUUAGAUGAGAAACCAUAUCUUAUAAACGUUAUACCGGAAAACGAAUCUUACUCGUUGCUUCACAUUGCGACACUGCUGAACAGCACCGACGCCGUCUAUAAACUUUCAAACUAUUCAUCAUGCGAUGUUCAUGUGAAGAGUGCACCAACUGUCAAAAGGAAAUAUGCAGGAAACAAAACACCAGAACAACUCGCUAAGAAUAAUGUCAUUAAAAUGUAUCUUAAGACUUUUACAGAAGAGCAUCUGAAGGAACGUUUCGGUAACACUCUCGUUUUUUUCACAACUCAAGCAAAAGGUGAGAAAUACAAUACACUAGGACUUCCUUUGAUGUUACUCACAAUGAGUUCUUACAAGAAAACAUUCUUUGGAAACAUAUCUUUAUCUCCGUCUGAUCAUUUUCAAAACCUCCUUAAUUACACAUUUCAAAGUUCAAAGGUUCGUCUGAAAAAUGUCCAGAAUGAAGUCAUUAAUUCGCUAUAUGGAUUCGACGCUAAUUCGGCCAAAAUGCUUCGAGUAAAUACAACAGUUCUCUUCUAUGGGAAGAUAGUAAAACUAUAUACAGGAAAUCAUGUUUAUAUGGAAAUGAAUAAAGCACUGAAGCGUGAAGCUUUGUUUGAUUAUAAGACUUACAGGCCUCGAAGUAGUGCCCUUCAUUUUGGACCGUAUGCACUUAUGCUUGACUCAGUUCUGACAUUUUGGAAAGAACUAACACCAUAUAAUGAAAUAACAUAUAGGGGCGUUCCUGUAAAUAUUUCAAGUCAUUACCAUGUCAACAUGAUGUUUGUGUAUUUAGAUUUUAUUUCAACCACAGACGAUAAGCACAUUGCUGAGAGCUUUGCAGGGACACACGGUAGUGUGCUUGUGAUAGACAAUACGCACAUUUGUGCGUGGCAACCACGUAAUAUCGCUCAAUAUUCCGAUUUCCCACAUGAGCGGGAAUACUUGUAUCCCUCUGGAGCGGAGUUUCUAGUAACCGCUAUGGAUGGACGACAUAUUUUUCUGAAACUGGCAAACCCUUUAUUGAAAGGAAAAUAAGAAGACAUGGUAUGAUUUUUUCCCCAAUGAGACAACUCUCCACCCGAUGAAUCUUUACUGUAAAUACAUCACUGUACGUCAACUAAAUGAAUGCAGCUAUAACUUUCGAUUUAAUACUUGCCGUCUAAAUCUAUCCUGAAUUAGUUUGACAAUUAUUUGCCUAAAACUUAGCAUGAAAGAGCGAUUUUUGGUCUAUGAAAUGUC